AUGCAGUGCCCCUUGGGGAAAGCGCUCCUGCAGCUUGGCCCCAGAAGGGGCAGCUCUGAGAGGGACAUCGGGGACGUGGCCCCCCUGGGAGAGGGCAUCUGGGUGGGUGGGUGGCUGUCCGGGAGGGGAGGGGGCCGCCCGGGGAGCGGCAGGGGCGGGGGUCAGACUCGGGCCCCAGCUCGCUGGCGGGGGCAGCCGAUGAUAAGGCGGGAGCAGCCCGUCGCCACGGCGGCCCCGGCCUGGCGGGAAGGCGGGAAGGGGCCCGGCCGGGCGAGAGCAGAUAACGCCCGGCGCUCGGGCCGCCGAGACUCGGAGACGCCGUGGCCGCGGGAGAUAGAGGCGCCCGAGCUCGGGCGCGGCUCCCGGCUCCCAGUUCCCAGCUCCCGGCCGCCCCCCACGGCUCCCCCCACACACACGCCAGACGGGGCAGGUCCGGGGGCGGCGGGCGCGCCCACCGCCCUGAGGGUCUCCGGACGCGCGAGGUCCGGGACCGCCCUGCGUCCUCAGCGCGCUCAUGGCACCGGGCCGCCCCCCGGUCCCCAUCAGCGCUGGGGCCCUGGACCCCGUCCAGGUCGGCCCCGGUGA